AUGCAAAGCAAGGCGAUGGCCCCUGUACCACACUGGGCAGAGCCCCUUCUUCCUGGGCUCGUCGCCCACCCAGCGCAUGUAGAUCCGAACGUGGAUCCGCAGACUUGGGAGAAGAUCGAUGUCGAGCGUACUACAGGGGGGGAAGUAAAGACAGUCGGCAACAAGGAUGAACGGGCAGAGCUGAAACUUGUGCCGCAACAUGUCGACACAUAUUCGGGUCCGUUUCCACUGCACAUGGUUGAGCAACACAACAACGGCCGAUGCUUUCCUUGCCUUUUCUUUUCAAAAAGAGGAGAUGGCUGCAGGAAGGGUGACGAUUGCACGCACUGCCACGUCUGCCUCCCGCAUGAGGUUCGCCGAAGGAGGAAUCGUAUGCACGCGGAGAUGAAGGCGGCAAGGCAGGCUGCUGCAAGGCGUCGACACCACGGGGUGAAGGAGCCAGAACCAUGUCAGUGA